CACGCAAUCGAUAUAUACGUCUACAUAUUAUUAUUAUUGUUGUUGUUACGUAUGAGUAUAACGUUAAAGCUUGUGAAUGGGACCCAAAAGUCUUUGGAGGUUCCUAAUUUGGGGAUCACUGUUGCGGAAUUCAAAAAGCUUUCUGAGACUGUUAUAGAAAUUCCGGCUGAUGAACAGCGGGUGGUGCUUCGAGGAAAGGUUCUAAAGGAUGAAGACAUUUUAUCGAACGUUGGGAUGGAGCACGGCAAUGCAGUUCACAUUGUUCGAAGUAAGAAAAAGGAAGUUCCCUCAUCUGCUACACAAGCUACUCAACCGGCUCAGACCCAGAGUGGGCCCACCGCAGUGCAAAGUGGCACCCCAAGCAACAGCAGCAACCCUUCGGAUUAUUCUUCAAAUCCGUACGCAGCGCUAUUCGGCGGUUACGGAGGUCCACAAGCACCGACCCGAGGUGCCGAUAAUGCAGCCAAUUCGAUGACCAAUCCGUGGGCCUCUGCGAUGAUGGGGAUGGGUUGGGGCCAACCCCCCAACGACGCCAUGCAGAUGUUGCAGAAUCCCAUGACCAUGCAGUUUGUCCAGGAGGUCAUGAGAAAUCCCGCCCUUAUGCAGCAGCUGGUGCAGUAUGAGCCAAUGCUUUCAAAUAUCCCCCCAGAGGUGCAGCAACAAGCGAUGCAGAUGGCGAGUAACCCAGAAAUCAUUAGACAGAUGAUGUCCAUUUACUCCGGGGCGGGCAACGCAAAUACAGCUCCGGCGAGUAACCCUAACAUUGGCGGCGUAGGAAACAACAGUAGCACUCCUCAGGGCGUUCCUGGAGGCUACCCCCUUUCCAGUAUGUUUCCUAUGCCCCAACCUCAAGGCGACCCACGUGUGAUCUAUAGGGAGCAACUACAGCAGCUUAGGGAGAUGGGGUUCCCGAACGAAGACGCAAAUAUUGCUGCACUUCAGCAAUCACAGGGAAAUGUAUCAUUUGCAAUCGAACGUUUAUUCAAUGCUUAA